CACCUAUAUACGUAUAGGAAGUAGAAGGAGAACAUAAGACAAGUUGACGGUACGAACGGUUUAAUUUCACCAGCUUAUUUUCAUAUACUUUCUUCGCGAAAUUCGUAUGAAGGAUACCUAAGUCGAAAUGUUUUUCCGCAUUAGUUUGCGGUGGGGAGUUUUGGUGUUUUUUUUUACAGUGAUUUGUAUCCUACCGUGUACUUUCGGUGGUACCAAAUACGUGCCUAAGUGGAAAAAACAGGCUUGCGAAGCGCCGGCUAGCCAAAACGAAAAUAGUCAUUACGUAUGCGAUGAUAAUGGUGACAUAAAAUGCCUACCUGGUUGGACUGGAGAUUUAUGCGAUGUACCUAUUUGUCGCAAAGGUUGCGAUCCUCAACAAGGUUACUGUAAAAGGCCGGGAGAAUGUCGUUGUAAAUUAGGAUAUUACGGAGAAUUAUGCAACAGGUGUAUAACUCUACCAGGCUGUCAACACGGUUACUGUAAUAAUAGCUUCGAGUGUAUUUGCGAAGAAGGCUGGGAUGGAUUAUUCUGCUCCGAACCAAUUUGUAGAUCAGAUUGCCAUUCUACUCGAGGGUAUUGUGAUUGGCCCGGAGAAUGUCGCUGUCGACUCGGAUGGUCAGGUGAAACUUGCAAAGAAUGUCAAGUAUUGCCCGGAUGUCAACAUGGCACAUGCACUCAACCUUUAGAAUGUAAAUGUGAGAAAGGAUGGAGUGGAAUUUUAUGCCAAGCUCCUGUUUGUGCUGAAGGAUGCCAUAAAGAAAAAGGAUACUGCAGAAAACCUGGAGAAUGCAGAUGUAAAGUUGGAUGGUGGGGCAAGAAUUGUGAACAAUGUUACCCAUAUCCAGGAUGCGUUCAUGGAAACUGUACCCGCCCUUGGGAAUGUAACUGUCAACCUGGAUGGGGAGGAAUGCUGUGUGAUCAAGAAUUAACUUAUUGCGAUCACCAUCGCGAUGUUUGCGAGAACGGCGCCACUUGCGUAAGCCUCACCGAAGAAGAUGGAAAUUACAGGUGCAUCUGUCCAGAAGGAUUCAUCGGACGAAAUUGCGAAAUUGAUCGCAAAAAGGUUGAAAUAAUGGGUUUGGUGCCACCACCUCUGGUACAUGGAAUGAUACAUACUACGACGACCACAACGCAAAAUUCGCUUUCAAACACAACCACCGAAAAAGCCAUCACGGAUAAUGAACUUUCAAACGAAGCGAUAUAGAAAAUCGAUUUUCAAUUAAUGUGUCAAUGUAACCUGCGAUUCGUAAACUAUAACUUUCAUUAGUUUUUUAUUUAGGUAUUUAUUUAUUCAUUCAAUUUUUUUCUUUAGUCGCCCAGAUAAUCGAGAGAGAACUUUCUUAAACGAUUAAUAACUUUCAUCUGUACCUUAUAACAUGUUUUUUCUUUUUAAUUUAUUUAUUCAAUUCGUACUAUGUAUUUAUUUCUAAUAAAUUAUUUAUUGAUUUUUAAA